AUGGGUGUCGGCCGCAGGAAGCUGGCCCCGCUCUGGGCCCUGGCUCUCACCCUGGCCUGGGCCCAGCACACAGGUGAGGCGCGAGGAAGCUCUGUGGAACACGGCCACGAGUACCUGGACCUCCUUCCUGUCACCCAGGGGCCCGCUGGCGACCGGCUGCGCGGCGUGACCAUCCUCCCCCCUCUGAGGACGGCGCCGGUGGUUCGAGCCCUGAACCCCGCGCACAACGGGCGGGUGUGCAGCACCUGGGGCGACUUCCACUAUAAGACCUUCGACGGGGACGUCUUCCGCUUCCCGGGCCUGUGCAACUAUGUCCUCUCCGCGCACUGCGGGGCCGCCUACGAGGACUUCAACGUCCAGGUCCGCCGCGGCCUGGAGUCCAAUGUCACCACGCUGGCCAGAGUCACCAUGAAGCUGGAUGGCAUGGUCAUCGAGUUGACCAAGAGCUCCAUCCAGGUCAACGGGCUCCCAAUCCAGCUGCCUUUUAGCCAGUCUGGUGUCAUCAUCGAGCACAGCAGCAGCCACCUGAAGGUGGUGGCCAGGCUGGGCCUGGUCUUCAUGUGGAGCCAGGACGACAGUCUCCUGCUGGAGCUGGACGCCAAGUACUCGAACCAGACCUGCGGGCUCUGUGGAGACUUUAACGGUGUGCCUGUCUUCGACGAGUUCCUCUCCCACGGUGUCAAGCUGACCCCCAUCGAGUUCGGGAAUCUGCAGAAGUUGCACGGCCCCACGGAGCAGUGUCAGGACCCUGCACCUGUGCCCCCGCUGACUUGCUCACUGGGCACCGGCAUCUGUGAGGAGAUCCUGAGCAGCUGGCCCUUCCGGGGCUGCAACGCCCUGGUGGACGCCAGCAGCUACGUGCAGGCCUGCCGGCAAGACCUCUGCCUGUGCGAGCACGCCGAGCUGACCAGCUGCGUCUGCCAUACGGUCGCCGAGUACUCCCGCCAGUGCGCCCACGCCGGGGGGCGGCCCCUGGACUGGCGCGGCCCCGACCUGUGCCCCCAGACGUGCCCCCUCAACAUGCAGUACCGCGAGUGCGGCUCGCCCUGUGCGGACACCUGCUCCAACCCGGAGCACUCCCAGCUCUGCGAGGACCACUGCAUGGCCGGCUGCUUCUGCCCCGAGGGGACGGUGCUCGACGACAUCGGCCAGACGGGCUGCAUCCCCGCACCCCAAUGCGCCUGCGUGUACAACGGGGCCACCUAUGCUCCGGGGGCUGUCUACUCCACAGACUGUGCCAACUGCACCUGCUCCAGUGGCCGGUGGAGCUGCCAGGAGGUGCCAUGUCCUGGCACCUGCUCAGUGCUGGGGGGCGCCCACUUCUCCACGUUCGAUGAGAGGCAGUACACAGUGCACGGAGACUGUAGCUACGUGUUGGCCAAGCCCUGUGACAGCAGCGCCUUCACUGUGCUGGCGGAGUUGCGCAGGUGCGGCCUGACGGACAGUGAGACUUGCCUGAAGAGCCUGACCUUGAGCCUGGAUGGGGGGCACACGGUCAUCGUGGUCAAGGCCAGCGGGGAGGUGUUUGUGAACCAGAUCUACACCCAGAUGCCCGUCUCAGCAGCCAACGUCACGCUCUUCAGACCCUCAACCUUCUUCAUCAUCGCCCAGACCAACCUGGGUCUGCAGCUGGACAUCCAGCUGGUGCCCAUGAUGCAGGUGUUCCUGAGGCUGGCGCCCGAGCUCCGCGGGUUGACCUGCGGCCUGUGCGGCAACUUCAACCAGAACCAGGCCGAUGACUUCCGGACCCUCAGCGGCGUGGUGGAGGGCACGGCCGCCGCCUUCGCCAACACCUGGAAGACCCAGGCCGCCUGCCCCAACGUCAAGAACAGCUUCGAGGACCCCUGCUCCCUCAGCGUGGAGAACGAGAAGUACGCUCAGCAUUGGUGCUCCCGACUGAAGGACCCCCACGGCCCCUUCGCCCAGUGCCACGCUGCCGUGAGCCCCGGCACUUACCACUCGAACUGCAUGUUCGACACGUGCAACUGUCAGAAGAGCGAGGACUGUCUGUGUGCGGCCCUGUCCUCCUACGUGCGUGCCUGUGCCGCCAAGGGGGUGCUGCUCAGAGGCUGGAGGGACGGCGUGUGCGCGAAGCCCAUGGCCACCUGCCCGAAGUCGCUGACCUACCAGUACCACAUCAGCUCCUGCCAGCCCACCUGCCGGGCCCGGAGUCACGAGGACGUCACCUGCGGCAUCCGCUUUGUCCCCGUGGACGGCUGCGCCUGCCCCCAAGGCACCUUCAUGGACGAAGCGGGCAAGUGUGUGCCGGCCAGCAGCUGUCCCUGCUACCACGAGGGCUCCGUGGUGCCCAACGGGGAGUCGCUGCACGAGCGUGGGGCCAUCUGCACUUGCACGCAAGGCUUGCUGAGCUGUAUUGGAGGCCACACCCCUGCCCCAGUCUGCACCCCGCCCAUGGUCUACGUCGACUGUCGCAAUGCCACGCCGGGGGCCGCCGGGGCCGGCUGUCAGAAGAGCUGCCUCACCUUGGACAUGGAGUGUUACAGCCCCCGGUGCGAGCCCGGCUGCGUGUGCCCCGACGGGCUGGUGGCCGACGGUGAAGGCGGCUGUGUCGCCGUGGAGGACUGUCCCUGCGUGCACGACGAGGCCAGCUACCUGCCCGGCCAGACCGUCCGGGUGGGCUGCAACACUUGCACCUGUAAAAGCAGGAUGUGGCAGUGCACACGUGAGCCCUGCCUGGCCACCUGCACGGUGUAUGGGGACGGCCACUACAUCACCUUCGAUGGGCGGAGCUACAGCUUCAGCGGCGACUGCGCGUACACACUGCUUCAGGACCACUGUGGUGGGAACAGCACUGCCAACGGGACCUUCCGAGUCGUCACGGAGAACGUCCCCUGCGGGACCACGGGCGUCACCUGCUCCAAGGACCUCAAGCUCUUCCUGGGGAGCUACGAGCUGAAGCUGAGUGGCGGCAAAGUGGAGGUGAUCCAGAAGGGCGUGGGGCAGGAGGCCCCCUACUCCAUCCGCCAGAUGGGCAUCUACCUGGUGGUGGACACCGAGGUUGGCCUGGUGCUGCUGUGGGACAGGAAGACCAGCAUCUUCCUCAAACUCAGCCCCGAGUUCAAGGGCCGGGUCUGCGGGCUGUGCGGGAACUUUGACGACAACGCCGUCAAUGACUUCACCACGCGGAGCCAGUCCGUGGUGGGCAAUGCCCUGGAGUUUGGCAACAGCUGGAAAUUCUCCCCGUCCUGUGCCGACGCCCCGUCCCCCAGGGACGCCUGCGCCGCCAACCCGCACCGCAAGUCCUGGGCCCAGAAGCAGUGCAGUGUCCUCAACAGCGCCACCUUCGCCGCCUGCCACGCCCACGUGGAGCCCGCCAAGUACUAUGAGGCCUGCGUGGGCGAUGCGUGUGCCUGUGACUCCGGGGGCGACUGUGAGUGUCUCUGCACGGCCGUGGCCGCCUACGCCCAGGCCUGCCACGACGUGGGCGUGUGCGUGUCCUGGCGGACCCCGGACAUCUGCCCCUUGUUCUGCGACUACUACAACCGCGAGGGCCAGUGCGAGUGGCACUACCAGCCGUGCGGCCCGCCCUGCAUGAGGACCUGCCGGAACCCGAGCGGCCGCUGCCUGACCGACCUGCCGGGCCUGGAAGGCUGCUACCCCAAGUGCCCGCAAGAAGCCCCCAUCUUCGACGAGGACCGGAUGCAGUGUGUGGCCACGUGCCCCACGCCCCCCCCGCCGCCGCCCUGCCGCGUCCAAGGCAAGUCAUACCGGCCGGGGGAGAUGGUGCCGUCUGACAGGAACUGCCAGUCCUGCGUCUGCAGCGAGAGUGGGGUGCAGUGCGCCUACGACACUGAGGCCUGUGUCUGCACCUAUGACGGGCGGCGCUUCCGCCCGGGGGACGUCAUCUACCACACGACCGACGGCACGGGGGGCUGCAUCUCCGCCCGCUGCUCGGCCAACGGCACCAUCGACAGGAGGGUCUACCCCUGCAGCCCCACCACCCCCACGCCACCAACCACCUUCUCCUUCUCCACACCCCCGCUCGUCGUGAGCUCAACACGUCCGGCCCACACGUGCCACAGCUCUGCCAAGAGCACCGUGUGGCCCAGCACUCGGAGCGGUGCCCCAUCCUCCACCCCGGGCACGACCUCCGGUCCUCCGACGAGCCCUCCCCGGCCCCACCAGGCCUGUGGGGAAGAUUGCUGGUGGUCACCGUGGCUGGACGUCAGUCACCCGGGACGGGGCAUCGACAGCGGUGACUUCGACACACUGGAGAACCUCCGUGCCCACGGGCACCAGGUCUGCCCGACGCCGAAGAGGGUGGAGUGUCGGGCUGAGGAUGCCCCCGAGGUACCGAUCCAGGUUCUGGGGCAGCACGUGGAGUGCAGCCCAGCGCGGGGGCUGACCUGUUACAACCGCAAGCAGGCUUCGGGGCUCUGCUACAACUACCAGAUCAAGGUCCAGUGCUGCUUCCCCCGCACCUGCCCUACCUCUGGCGGCCAAACCCAGACCGCCACACCUGUCCCAGGGACCACUACAACCACCCUGAGUACCUCUACUCCUUACCUCUACACCUGUCCCAGGGACCACUACAACCACCCCAAGUACGUCAACACCUGUCCCAGGGACCACUACAACCACCCCGAGUACCUCUACUCCUGUCCCAGGGACCACUACAACCACCCAGAGUACCUCUACACCUGUCCCAAGUACCCCUACACCUGUCCCAGGGACCACUACAACCACCCCGAGUAUGUCUACACCUGUCCCAGGGACCACUACAACCACCCCAAGUACACCUACACCUGUCCCAGGGACCACUACAACCACCCCGAGUACCUCUACACCUGUCCCAGGGACCACUACAACCACCCAGAGUACCUCUACACCUGUCCCAAGUACCCCUACACCUGUCCCAGGGACCACUACAACCACCCCGAGUACGUCUACACCUGUCCCAGGGACCACUACAACCACCCCGAGUACCUCUACUCCUAUCCCAGGGACCACUACAACCACCCCAAUACCUCUACUCCUGUCCCAGGGACCACUACAACCACCCCAAUACCCCUACACCUGUCCCAGGGACCACUACAACCACCCCAAGUACACCUACACCUGGACCACUACGACCACCCCGAGUACCUCUACUCCUCUCCCAGGGACCACUACAACCACCCCGAGUACCUCUACUCCUGUCCCAGGGACCACUACAACCACCCCGAGUACGUCUACACCUGUCCCAGGGACCACUACAACCACCCUGAGUACCCCUACACCUGUCCCAGGGACCACUACAACCACCCCGAGUACCUCUACCCCUGUCCCAGGGACCACUACAACCACCCCGAGUACCUCUACUCCUGUCCCAGGGACCACUACAACCACCCCGAGUACCUCUACACCUGUCCCAGGGACCACUACAACCACCCCGAGUACCUCUACUCCUGUCCCAGGGACCACUACAACCACCCCGAGUACCUCUACACCUGUCCCAGGGACCACUACAACCACCCCAAGUACGUCUACCCCUGUCCCAGGGACCACUACAACCACCCCGAGUACCUCUACUCCUGUCCCAGGGACCACUACAACCACCCCGAGUACCUCUACUCCUGUCCCAGGGACCACUACAACCACCCCGAGUACCUCUACACCUGUCCCAGGGACCACUACAACCACCCCAAGUACGUCUACCCCUGUCCCAGGGACCACUACAACCACCCCGAGUACCUCUACUCCUGUCCCAGGGACCACUACAACCACCCCAAGUACGUCUACCCCUGUCCCAGGGACCACUACAACCACCCCGAGUACCUCUACUCCUGUCCCAGGGACCACUACAACCACCCCGAGUACGUCUACACCUGUCCCAGGGACCACUACGACCACCCCGAGUACCUCUACUCCUCUCCCAGGGACCACUACGACCACCCCGAGUACCUCUACACCUGUCCCAGGGACCACUACGACCACCCCGAGUACCUCUACACCUGUCCCAGGGACCACUACAACCACCCUGAGUACCUCUACACCUGUCCCAAGCCAAUGCCAGUUUCAACGACACCUGAACCUUGUUUACAAAAGUUGUGCAACUGGACCCAAUGGUUCGACAGCAGCUACCCUGGUCCUGGCAUAAACGGUGGAGAUUUCGACACUUUUCAUGACUUGAGAGCCAAAGGACAUAAAUUCUGUGAAAAGCCCAGCAACGUGGAGUGUAGGGCACAGUUCUUCCCAAACAUCCCACUGGAGGAGCUGGGGCAGGACUUGAUCUGUGACAAGAGCCUGGGGCUGUUAUGCCUCAACAGGAACCAGUUGCCGCCGAUCUGUUAUAACUACGAAAUCCGGAUCGAGUGCUGCGAGCUGGUGGAUGUGUGCAGAAGCACCACACACCCUGUGACGUCUGAGACCACGUAUUCCACCCGAGAGGAACCCGGGACCCAGACACAGCUUACCUGGACCACCGGAAUCCCCUCGUCUCCCACACGGCACAGCACCGCCAGCUCCGUGCACGCGCACCCCACAACCAGCAUCACAACCGGCACACACUCAGUCUCCCCAGCCGUGACCAUCCCCUGCCAGCCACAGUGCACGUGGACCAAGUGGUUCGACGUGGACUUCCCGUCCCCUGGGCCCCACGGAGGAGACACGGAAACCUUCGGCAACAUCGUCAGAAGGGAAGGGAAAAUCUGUCGCCAGCCCGAGUACAUCACGCGGCUGGAGUGCCGGGCCGAGAGCCACCCCGAGGUCAGCAUCGAGACGCUGGGCCAGGUGGUAGAGUGCAACGUCAGCAAGGGCCUGGUGUGCCGGAACCGGGACCAGGGUGGCAACGUCGGGAUGUGCCUCAACUACGAGGUCCGCAUGCUGUGCUGUGAGCCCCCGGAGUACUGCUCUACCCACAAAACUGUCAGUGUACCUCACACUUCAAGCGUUAGCACCACCAGGCUAACUGAAGCCACCUCCCACCUGGUGACAUCCAGCUCAACCUCCGUGCCGAAAACCAGCUCAACCUCAGUGACAGAGAGCAGCCCAACCUCGGUGACAGAAACCAGUUCAACCUCGGUGACAGAAACCAGCUCAACCUCCGUAACAGAAACCAGGCCAACCUCGGUGACAGAGACCAGCUCAACCUCGACCAGCCCAACCUCGGUGACAGAAACCAGCCCAACCUCGGUGACAGAGACCAGCUCAACCUCGGUGACAGAGACCAGCCCAACCUCGGUGACAGAGACCAGCCCAACCUCGGUGACAGAAACCAGCUCAACCUCGGUGACAGAGACCAGCCCGACCUCGGUGACAGAAACCAGCCCAACCUCGGUGACAGAGACCAGCCCAACCUCGGUGACAGAGACCAGCUCAACCUUGGUGACAGAGACCAGCCCAACCUCGGUGACAGAAACCAGCCCAACCUCGGUGACAGAAACCAGCACAAGCCCUGUUCUCAAAACUGAAACAACCCACUUCACACCCGUGACCAUCCCCUGCCAGCCACAGUGCAGGUGGACCAAGUGGUUCGACGUGGACUUCCCGUCCCCGGGGCCCCACGGAGGAGACGCGGACACCCUCGGCAACAUCGUCAGAAGGGAAGGGAAAAUCUGUCGCCGGCCCGAGUACAUCACGCGGCUGGAGUGCCGGGUCGAGAGCCACCCCGAGGUCAGCAUCGAGACGCUGGGCCAGGUGGUAGAGUGCAACGUCAGCAAGGACCUGGUGUGCCGGAACCGGGACCAGAGUGGCGAGGUCGGGAUGUGCAACUACGAGGUCCGCGUGCUGUGCUGUGAGCCCCCGGAGCACUGCCCUCGUACUUCGGUGACGCCUUACGCGACUCCAUCCACCAAGCCCUCGUCCCCUCCAGAACCGACCUCCGUGGUGUCCACCACGACAUGUUACUGCAGCGUGUCUGACAAGGUCUACCGCGCAGGAUCCGUCAUUUACAACCGGACCGACCUCGACGGCCACUGCUAUUAUGCCACGUGCAGCCUGGACUGCCACGUGGUCAGGACGCACUACACCUGUGCCAGCGGCACAACACCUCCCGUCCCAACCACCUCCCCGGCCGGGUCCUCCCCUUCAGCCUCCGCGCCCGUCACCGCGCAGGGGUGCCCAAACGCGGUCCCCCCAAGAAGGAAAGGCGAGACCUGGGCCAUGCCCAACUGCUCUCAGGCCACCUGCGAGGGCAACGGCGUCAUCACCCUGCAGCCGCGGCCGUGCCCGCAGGUGCAGCGGCCGACGUGCGCCAACGGCUACCCGCCCGUGAAGGUGGUCGACCCCGACAGCUGCUGCCCGCAAUACCGGUGCCAGUGUGUGUGCAGCGGCUGGGGCGACCCCCACUACAUCACCUUCGACGGCACCUACUACACGUUCCUGGACAACUGCACGUAUGUGCUGGUGCAGCAGAUCCUACCCGUGUACGGCCACUUCCGCGUGCUCAUCGACAACUACUUCUGUGGGGCGGAGGACGGGCUCUCCUGCCCGCAGUCCAUCAUCGUCGAGUACCAGCAGGACCGCGUCGUGCUGACCCGCAAGCCCGUGCUCGGGGUGAUGACCAACGAGAUCAUCUUCAACGACAAAGUGGUCAAGCCCGGCUUCCAGAAGGACGGCGUGAGCGUCUCCCAGAUCGGCAUCAAGAUGUACCUGACCAUCCCCGAGCUCGGCGUCCAGGUCAUGUUCUCCGGCCUCAUCUUCUCGGUGGAGCUGCCUUUCAGCAAGUUCGCCAACAACACCGAGGGGCAGUGCGGCACCUGCACCAAUGACAAGAAGGAUGAGUGCCGUCUCCCCGGGGGCACCGUGGUGCCCUCCUGCUCUGAUAUGUCCGGCCACUGGAAGGUGACGACGCCCCACCAGCCGCCCUGCCACGGGCCACCCCCGAAGCCCACUGCAGUCGGGCCCACGCCCUCGCCCGCCCCCUGCCUGCCUUCGCCGAUCUGCCAGCUGAUCCUGAGCGAGGUCUUCGAGCUGUGCCACCCUCUGAUCCCCCCGCUGGCAUUCUACCAAGGCUGCACCUUCGACCACUGCCACCUGAACGACUCCAACGUGCUGUGCUCUAGCCUGGAGCUGUACGCGUCCCUCUGCGCCUCCCGAGGCGUGUGCAUCGACUGGAGGCGCCACACCAACCACACAUGCUCGUUCACCUGCCCUGCUGACAAGGUGUACCUGCCGUGUGGCCCGUCCAAGCCCUCAUACUGCUAUGGGAGUGACAACACCAGCCUCGUGGCUCUUCAGGACGCUGUCCCCAUCACAGAAGGCUGCUUCUGUCCAGAGAACAUGACGCAUUUCAGCAUGAGCUCUCCAGUCUGCGUGCCUGCGGACUGCCACAGGUGCCUGGGCCCCCACGGGGAGGCUGUGGAGCCCGGCUACACCAUCAGCGUGGACUGCCAGCGGUGCACCUGUGAGAACAGCACGCUGACGAUGAGCUGUCACAGGCAGCCCUGCCCCCUGCCCCCAGCCUGCCCCCUGCCCGGCUUCGUGCCUGUGCCUGCAGCCCCGCAGGCCGGCCAGUGCUGCCCCCAGUACAACUGCGCCUGUGACACCAGCUACUGCCCCAAGCCCGUGGCCUGUCCCGAGGGCUCCCACCCGGUCGUGACCUAUAUGGAGGGGGCCUGCUGCCCCAGCCAGAACUGCAGCUGGGACGUCUGCAGCGUUAACGGCACCUUGUACCAGCCCGGCUCCGUGGUCUCCUCCAGUCUGUGCGAAACGUGCAGGUGUGAGGUGUCCAGCAGUCCCCAGUUGGACACGGUCGUCAUCAGCUGUGAGACCCAGAUUUGCAACACCCACUGCCCCGCGGGCUUCGAGUAUCAGGAGCAGAGUGGGCAGUGCUGUGGCCUGUGUGUGCAGCAGGCCUGUGUCGUGAACGCCAGUGACAGUUCCACCCGCAUCUUCUACCCCGGCCAGUCCUGGCCAGACCCCACGAACCCGUGUGUGACCCACGAGUGUGAGAAGCACCGGGAUGGGCUCGUGGUGGUGACCAGGAGGAAGGCGUGUCCCCCACUCAACUGCCCUGCGGCCCAGGCCCAGCUGAGCGAGGACGGCUGCUGUCUCGCCUGUCCCCCGCCCCAACCUCAGAACCAGUCGGCCUGUGCGGUAUACUACAAGCGUGAGGUCAUCGUGCAUGGAGAUUGCAGGUCCCCGCGGCCCACGAGGGUGGCCUACUGCCAGGGCAACUGCGGGGACAGCAGUGCCAAGUACUCGCUGGAGGCCAACACCAUAGAGCGGAACUGCAGCUGCUGCAGGGAGCUGCGGGUGUCGCCGACGACGGUGACCCUGCGCUGCAAGGACGGCUCCAGCCGAACCUUCGGCUACACCCUGGUGAAGGAGUGCGGCUGUGUGGGGCAGCAGUGCGGCCCCCGCGGCAACCUAAGCCAUUCGAAGGAGUCGGGGCCCUCGCAGAGUGACGAGGAGCAGAGCCCAGAGACGGGGCACACGGGCUGGAGGAGGGGGUCCGGCAGCCCUCGGAGCUCCCGGCCACCUCCCUCCGGGACCCAGCGAUAA